AUGUGUGCCGUCGACUACAUUAAACCGUCUCCUCCUCCGUUAUCCCACCGAAUCCGAACAAUGGAUCGUGAAGCUGUCACUGACUUCCUGAAGAAAGCACAUGCGAUGGUGGAUGAUCCUUCGACGGAUUCAGCAAUCUCGUGGAGCGAAGAGGGCAAGAGCUUCAUCGUUUGGCAUCCUGCAGAAUGCUACAGAAACCACCUUCCUCGACUCUUAGGAAUCACCGACUUCCUCGGAUUUCACACCUAUGGGUUUAGAAGAAACAAGUCCACAAGUGGGAUAAUGGAAUACGCGUGCGAUGAUUUCGUGAGAGGCCAGCCUGAGCUUGUGGAGAAGAUUGCGGAGCGCUACGUGGAGAAGGAGAAGGCGAAUCACGAGGUGAAAGUGAAGGCAGUGCAAGAACGAUUGAAGAAUUGCAAGAACAAAGAGGAAAGGGAUUUAGUGAGGAAGGAGAGGAGGGAGAGUAUUGAGAAGCGGAGAAAGCACAUAAUCGAUGAAGCUUUUGCUGCAGAGAUUGAUAAUUUGAUGGCACGUAUUUCAAGCGAAAAGGAGAGAAGAAAGGAGAUGGAUUCUUUGUCAGUACAGGUGCUUUGA